UAAACAAUAAACAAAUGUUUUAUAAUUUUUACACGUAAAAAUAUAGUUUCUUCAGAAUUCAGAGCGAUUUUUUAAAGCUUUUUUGUUAUUAUAUUUGAACAUAUCUGAACCCAAAUGCCUGCCAAGUAUAAAGGAUAUGAAUUUUAUGAGAAAGUUCUAAAGAAACCACGUUACAUAGUGGCACCAAUGGUCGAUCAGUCCGAACUGCCUUGGCGAAUUCUGAGCCGUAGGCACGGUUCUGAGUUGUGUUACUCUCCUAUGUAUCACGCCUCAGUGUUCUUGAGAGAGCCUACAUAUCGUAAAGCUGCUUUAGCCACUUGUGAAGAGGACAGACCACUUAUUAUACAGGUUUGACAGAAGGGUUAAAGAUUUUUGUACAUAGAAAUCAUCGAGUCAUUCGAGCUGAAAAAAAAUGCAACUAUAUAUACUGUCACUGCCAGGAAUUGAACCUGCGGCCUAUGAUUCCAGUGCAGCGCUCUAACCAACUGAGCUACAGAGUCCAGUUGUUGAGCUCCAACCACAAGUUCAUGUAUAUAUAUAUAUACUAGGACUAUUUUUCCUCCUCCCCCCCCUGAAAAUAGUUUGGUCAACAAAAUUUAAAUUUUACACUAGAAAUUUGUCUGACACCUCAUCCCAAUUUGUUAUUGUGUGGCUAUUUACAUGACAAAAUAUUAUACAUGCAUUAUGUUUUUUUUUUUUACCAAUUAUCAACUGAUACCGAUUUAAUAAUGACGUCAUGUCAUUAACUUGCUUGCCAAUAACAGCAGUUUGACAACCCAUUUUCCACUUCACCACUAAAUUUGCUUGCUGCCCGCACUUAAUUACAUUAAAACAAUAUUUUCAGUCCACUUUUUAUACAUUACUCUGAUUCUCCAAUUAACAUACGAGACUCUUGUCCUGGACUAGGGUACAUUUUGAUUUACGUUGGACAAAGCUAUAGUUCGGUUGGACACCAAUACACUUGGUCAGACAAACAUAAACCUUAGUUUCGCUUAGGUCCGGUGUCAGACAAUUUCACGAAUGAGUCAGACAAUGUCUGUGAUUGACCAAUAUUUUAAGGCCCGACUUAUACAUCUUCUUUUGUGUAGUUUUGUGCAAAUGAUGCAGAAACUCUUGUGAAUGCAGCUUUGCUUGCAGAACCUCAUUGUGAUGCAAUAGAUUUAAACUUGGGAUGUCCACAGGGUAUUGCCAAGAGAGGUACUGUGUGCGUUAAUGUCAUUUGGUUCCCGAUAGGACGAUGUACACUACACAACUUUUGCAUAAAACUGUUGCAUGCAACCUGCUUACAACUUGAGUUGUACUGUGUCAAUCAAGCACAGAACUCACCUACGACAACAUAGACAAGUUGUGAGCAUGAUUUAGACAGUAUAACUCGAGUUGUAAGCAGGUUGCAUGUGACAGUUUCAGGCAAAAGUUGUGCAGUGUAAAUUGGCCGUAAGAGAUAUUAACACAUUUCCCCCUGAACUGCCCCAUGUUAAUAGUUAUUAACAAUAUCUUAAUAUGUCUUGAGUAAUAUGAUUCACUGUAUGUGUGUUCUAGGACAUUAUGGAGCAUUCCUGCAAGAUGAGUGGGACCUAAUAAGUAAAAUUGGUAAAUGAUUUCCAUUAUUUUCUUCAAGAUACAGUUCAUAUACAGUAGCUAUCUGCAUAUUUUUAUCAAUUCCCUUGACAAGUAAAAUCAUCUGGCAUUAGACAGAGCAAACAAUCUGGUGGUGUUAGACAUAGUAAAAUCAUCUGGGUAUGCAGUCUGGGGUCUCUCAAAUCUGCACUUUGAGGGAAGAUUUAAACUUUUAUACUCACUGUAAAAUACUAAAGGUAAUUUACUGUGUUUUCAGUAAGUUUGGCUGCCGAAAAAUUAUCAGUUCCUGUCACCUGUAAAAUAAGAGUGUUCGAAGACAUACAGAAGACGGUGGAUUAUGCAAAAAUGUUAGAAAAGGCUGGCUGUCAGGUGAUUAGAUUGAAUGUUUUUGAAAAUAAUUGUGAAGCUUGCGAUAUCCCAUACGGUAGUGUACAAAUGUACAUAUUUAUGCUUUAUCUUCUGACCUUUGUAUCAAGACAUAUAUUCUUUGGCAAAGUUUGUCAUGUCAAAUAAGAACCACCCCAAUGGUUAGCUGAUAAACCUAUAGAUCGGUGGGCGGACUGCAUGUGUGACUGACUGGCUUACCGACCAACUGAUCUAAACAUUCCUAAGUUACACCACUGCAUGCACAUUAUUAUUCUUUGCAUGCACUUUUUUGGCCAGGGUUUUUUAUUCCUCAAACUAUUUUCAACUCAAAAUUCAUUUUAAAGCUUUUAACAGUCCAUGGAAGAACUAGAGAGCAGAAAAAAGAAUUGAGUGGUCUAGCAAGUUGGGACCACAUCAAGGCAGUCAAGUAUGUUCUUUUGCUGGUGUUUUUAUUGUCGUCAUAAAUUUGGAGAACAUUGUCAAUGUGGUUUGUUGUUGGUUUUCAGAGAGAAUCUAUCAAUUCCAGUGUUUGCAAAUGGCAAUAUUUUAUAUUUCAAUGAUGUUCAGAGAUGUUUGGACUAUACUGGAGUUGAUGGAGUCAUGACUGCUGGUAGGAUUUAGUUUGGUUUCUUAUCAAAAUUCAUGCGGCUAAUCUAGCUAACAGAGUGACUGAAUAUCUGCAGUCAGUAAAGACUGAACUCAGCAAUAUGUGGAUCUGGGUAGGCAAGAUAAUCUGCCAUUAGACAGUCAAAGUAAAAUAACAAGGAAAGGUGGUGCAUCAGGGUGCAAGGCCAUUGGAACUGAUGUUCUAAUAACUUUUUUUUUGUAUACCCAUUUCAGAAGGCAAUCUACGUAACCCAGCUCUAUUUACUGGUAAUGAACCUCCAGCUUGGGAAAUGACUGAACAGUACCUUGAUUUAGUUGAACAAUAUCCUUGUGCACUCUCGGCUGUCCGAGCUCAUCUCUUCAGACUAUGGCAUCAUGGGUAAGAUCAUGGAUCCCUAGUAUAUAAAUGCAAAAAUUGAAAAAUUGAAGAAGUGCUAUAUUGUGUCAAUUUAUAUAUUAGGGGGUUGUGCACCACUCAUGUUCACUGUGUGUAUAAUAUUGACACUUGCCUCAUGUCUCUACAGCUUAUGUAUUCACACUGACAUCCGUGAGCGGUUAAGCAAAGCUGGAUCACUGAGUGAAAUGAGAACUAUAAGUAUUGAUUUAAAACAAGCAGCACAGGUACAGACGAUAAACACUUGUAAACAUGAUGCUAGCAUAAAAAUUUGGUUAACACUAUACUAAUAUUUAUAAGGAACAAUAACUUUCCUUUUACGUUGGUAGGGACGCAACUACCUGAAAAAUAUAAGGAGAAUUUCGACGUUUCGAGUGAAGGGCCAUUCGUCUGGAGUUACUAGUGGGAGGAAUGUAGUAACUCCAGACAAAGGGCCUUCGCUCAAAAUGUCAAAAUUCUCCUUAUAUAUUUUCAGGUAGUUCCAUCCCUAUCAACAAAAGCUUGUUCGUUUGAUUGGCACUACCUACACUGGCAAAGACAGUUCAAGAGAUUAUUUAAUUACCUGUAGAUAGAUGUAAGCAACGUGUCAGAAUCGCCACCACCAGGCAAAAAGCAUUACUGGAUUUGUCAACCAUAUAUAAGGUACGGGGGAUGCUAAUAAUCUCUUUCUGCAGCUGAGUCCUGGACAUAGUCCUGAAUUGAAAAGUUCUAACAAAUAUGGCAGAUUGUUGAAGGCUUGUACUAUAACCGGGGUGCCUCAGGCUUCCACCAUAUGACCCAUGUCUGGACAAAAUGCUCAAAGCACUGGGAGGAAGAUAGUCACUCAACAAUAUUAUGUGUACCCUCAAUCUUCAUUCAUCACCAUCACCACCAUCAUCAUUACCAUUAUCAUCACCAUCAUCAUUGAGUUUAAGUUCUCCUUAAGGUGGUUCUGUCUUGGCAGGCAGAACCAUACCAAGCAGUUACAUAAAGCCUUACUCGCCCACCAUCAUGAUGUAAGGGCCAACGCGCCACCUGUCCUACUAUCUACAUAUUGACAUUCAAUCAAAGUGCGGUAAUAUGAGUUGGCCACAGCACUGAAAACUCUGGGAACGCGAAUGCACUCAUUGAUAUCAUGCAAUGGACGCGCUGUAAUUUUAUGCCUUAAUUCGGUCUAGAACAAAUGAGCCAAAGCCGGUUAAGAAAGAAGAAGAUUGUGAGAACAAGGAAGGUGUGAGUAAGAAACAAAUGAAAAGAAUGUUAAAGAAACAACGGAAAUUAGAACAACAACAGCAAUCAACGCAAAGUAAGAACGUCUUACAGAAAAUUUGGAUAUGGAUAAACUCUGUUUUGCACUUCAAUCAUAUUGGAGUACUUUGUUUUUUUGUCAAACUCAAAGUCAUUAUUUUCACCCUAUUACAGUGAAAAUACAAAAAGUGUCCCACUUCCGCUUCUGUAGUUUGUUGUGAUUUACUGUAAUUUGUUCUGUUUUUCUGUAGCGAUUACCGAUUUAUCGGCAAAUACCGCGAUAAAACUUAGUUUUCUCUACUUUUUAAAUAUGAUAAUUUGUAGCAAAGGGAAUUAAUACAUUUUUCGUUAGUUUCAUUGCAUAAAAGGUACGAAAUUUAAAUUUUAUCGCAGUAUUUGCCGAUAAAUCGGUAAUCGCUACAGAAAAACAGAACAAAUUACAGUAAAUCACAACGAACUACAGAAGCGGAAGUGGGACACUUUUUGUAUUUUCACUGUAAGUGUUUAGAAAACAAAGAAAUACGCUAGUAUGUUUCAAUACGAUUGAAGCGGAAAACAGGUUGUAAGAAGUACAAAUAUUAACUUAGUUAACUUUUGUGAUGGAUAUCUUUAUCAGUUCUGUUUAAGUCUGCUCUCGUUAAAACUGGAAGCCCUCUUGUCACAUAUGAGGCGGAACUAAAAUCAGACAACUACGUACAUACAUGGAGAACAAUUUUGAUCUGACAGUGUUUUCUGACCACACAGGAUCUUUCAAAUGGGACAGAUGUGAAAAAUGCACAGUGAACCCAAAGGUUAGUCCACUGCAGUCAGGAGCAAACUGUUAUUGGGAGGGUUCACACUACAGAAAGUUUAGCGUUGUAGCUAUAGAAGCCUCAGAUGAGCAUUCUCCAAGUUUCAUGAGAAGAAUUUUUAUCAAAGUUCUGAAAUUUUUGGCGCUUAAGAAAUAAUAUUUUGUAAAACACUUUUGAACUUUUUAUAACCCCAUCCCCCAGUUUUGAAAUUGCGCUCGCUCCGUGUACAUGCAUACAAGUUAAGCCUGGUUCACACUAUAUAGCAAUUCUGUUCGGCGAUUUUUCUCCUCCUGGCAAAUGUGAUCAAAUGAAUGAUAUGCAAAAGACUUAGAAUUGUUCACUUCUGAAAAGCGACUCUAUACUUUUGUGUGGGAGUUCACUCAUUUGCAUCCGUCAGAAACACAAAAUCGCCGACAAAAUUGCUAGUGUGAACCAGGCUUUACAAGCAUCAGUGAGUUGGUUUUGUCGCGAUGUCAAUACAACGGCAAACGAUUAUAAUAUUGAGUAUGAAAAGAAGUACAAUCCUGGAUGAGGGAAAUUAUCUUAUGAUAAUUUUGGGAACUGUCACUCCAUACCUCUUAAUGGCAAGUUUGGGAACUGACGCGGAAAACAUAUACGCAACCUAAUAACCUCAUAAAAAAUUGACUGAGUUAAAAAAAAUCACUUAAAUGUUCGAAUAACCACAAAUCGAGUACUUCAAAUAACAGAACAAUUGAAUUAUCUUUUCAGGGACGAAAGUGUGCAUACAUGUUAUGUCGUGCUUGUUGUCGUGAAAAGACAUUUACAGAACAUUUGAACUGUCGCAGCCAUCGCUUCAAGUGUGAUCAGAAACAGGAAACGAGAGAGAUCGAAGUUGACAUUAAUAAUGAUACAAGGGAUGGAAAUAGGACGGAAGAAUGUAGUUCUACUAGUGAACCUAUUACAUAAAUGUGUUAUAUAAGACAUACUGUAUAUGCAUGAACUGUGCUGUGCUAAUAUGUAAAUUAUCUUGCCCGCUUAUCACGGGCAAAAAAUUGAACUUCCAUUGAGUUUUUGAAUGUAAAAACUCUUAAGCCCUGAGCAAACUAGGAAACAUUGUUUCCUUCCAAUGUUUCGCCAUGUUUCCAAGAGUGGGCAAACACUAGGAAACAUUAGUGAGAAACAUCAAAUAUUUCUGAAUUCGCUAGGAAACAUUUUUGCUUCCCGCGGGAAGCAAAUUUUGUUUCCGCAACAAUGUUUCCACGGGUGGGCAAACAUGGAAACAUUUGAGGAAACAUCGAGAAUCACAAAUGUUUCCACAACAAUGUUUCCUAGUUUGCCCAGGGCCUUACUUACCACUAUUGGUUAUUAUCAGUGGUUAUUAUCAGUGGUUAUUACAGAUUUCCCAUACGGUAAACUAGUAAAAACCAUGAUAUUAAUAUUUACCAUUGAUGGUAUUUUUUCCUGUGCACAGGAAAAAUAGAAUGGUGAAUAUUAAACAUCAUGAUUUUUACUAAUUUACAUAUGGGAAAUCUAUGAUAACCACUGAUAAUAACCAAUGGUAAGAAUUCAUGGUAAAUCUUUAAAAACCAUUCAAAAACCUAUAAAUGGAAAUUAAAUUUUUCCUGUGUAUAUUUUAUGGUCUUUGCGCAUUAAUCAUUGAUGAUAAAAAAACGAAACCCUUAUUGUAGGCUUGAAUGCGAAAAAGCUUAAGGUCAGAGCAGCCUCAAGAAACUCGCCAAUUCACAGCGCAUACAUAUUUCAUCAAUGUAUUACCAUAACAAUAUCAUAUCUAAGAUCAAACUUGUGUAAAAUAUAAAAUAUUCAUUGUCAAGAUGUGAAUACUACAUCUAAUUCGACUUUGAUUUCUCGGCCAGUUUUUUCAUAUAAAAUGCGAGCAUUUUUUGCGUGGAAUCUUUGCGAGUAAAGUCCAUAAACGAUUUAGUAUCUUUCUGUCUUGCGUCAAGUAGUUUUUUCAAAGUUGGACCUCUUAGCCCCAAUUUAGUCGCGCUCCUCGCCUCGCCUAGAAAUGAAGAAGUUAGAGUGAUUGUGACACAGUAUGCGGCUAGUACAUACGUCAGCUCUGCGAUCGUUG